AUGUCCUUUUUACGUUGCUCGACGCUUCCUGCAACACUAGGUGCCUCCAAGACACUAGAAUGCAGGCGCAACACUUGCGUGCUAUUGCGGCGCAAGAGCUGCCACGACUCAGAUGCUGUCAGAGAGAAUAAAGAGAGAGGAUGUACUCUAUUGUGUGUGUCAUGUGAGGUGAGAUCAGAAAUGCACGCGUACAAUAGGCUACCGAGCAGCGGACACAGCAGCCCAUCAUCACCGCAAUCGCCCCUCCGCUCGCCUAGGCUCCGCCACGGCAAGUCUAAAGUUGGCCGGUUCACGCCCGGACCGGCACCGAAAACCCUAGCCCAACGCCUCGCUUGGGUCCUCUUAUCCGUCCUUCUCCGAAGACAAGGCAUUUUUCUCUUUGCUCCGCUUUUGUACAUCUCCGGAAUGCUAUUCUAUAUGGGAACGAUGUCGUUUGAUGUGGUGCCGAUCAUAUCUCACCGUCCGGCUCCAGGGUCACUUUAUCGGAGCCCCCAGGUGUACUCAAAGCUACGGCCGGAGAUGGAUUCCGAUAAUUUGUCCGCCGAUGCGGUCAGUGAUUUGAUUUUGUUUUCUUCUAAUAUCUGCAAUCGAUCGAAGAAAUUAUUCAAUUACUUGCUCUGGUUUCUUUAG